AUGAGCGUCUUACUGCCCAACAUGGCGGACUUUGAUACCAUUUAUGAGUUAGAAGAAGAAGACGAGCGAAUAGUGAGUGAAGAGCACCUCGCCAGAUACUGCCCCGAACCUGUGAUAAUGCGAGGGGCCGGCCACAUCACUGUGUUUGGACUUAGCAACAAAUUUGACACAGAAUUCCCAUCUGUUCUUACAGGAAAGGUCGCUCCAGAGGAGUUCAAGACCAGCAUCAACCGGGUGAACGCUUGCCUGAAGAAGAACCUACCAGUCAACGUGAAAUGGCUACUGUGCGGCUGCUUGUGCUGUUGCUGUACUGUCGGCUGCAGUCUGUGGCCUGUCCUAUGCCUCAACAAGAGGACACGAAGAUCCAUUCAGAAACUGUUAGAAUGGGAAAACAACCGAUUAUAUCACAAGCUGGGACUGCACUGGAAACUCAGCAGACGAAAAUGUGAGAGUAAUAACAUGAUGGAAUAUGUGAUUCUUAUAGAAUUCUUACCCAAAUAUCCUAUAUUCCGACCAGACUAAGAGCACUGCAGAGGGAUGCAGGCGAAUGGCUCUCACUUCGCUCCUUACUUAGUGCCUUGUAUAUAAAGUUGGAUUGAGGGUCUUCAUGGGUGUCUCUGAGUCACCCCUUUUCUCCUCCCAGUACCUUGUACAGUAGAGUUUGCAAAACUGUCACUUUGCUUUAGAGCAGAUUUUGCACAUUUCCAGAUAUAGUAGAAAUGCACCUGUGUUGCACCCGGAUGUUUUUGUUACAUAAAAUAAUAAACAAUACUGUUUAAAAGUGCAUUUACCCCAAUAGCCAUCCAUACUUCCCACCUCCUACAUGUAAUAUUGUUGAUAAAAUCAAGGCACCUCAAGGUGUGUAUUUGCCUUAUGAUAAAAGUAUAACCUUUUUUUUGUAAUGGAGGUGUAUGUAUUGGAUGCAGCGUGGUAUAGAACCUGUAGUUUUAAAGGUGUAGUGAAAAGUCGUUUACUUUAGAGCGAAUCUUGCGCAUUUCCUGAUAUAGUUGCCCUGAAGCAAAAUGAAAAGGUUCAGGGUUGUUCUGCGCUAAUGGAAUGGGUAGGGAAUUUAAAGUAGCUAAAAUGUUUGUCAGCAUGAUUUUUUUAUUUCCGUUUGCACUUUGGUGAUGGGCCUCUAAACAGGGGCAAGUUAAAGAAACAGACCAUUUGAAUAUAAUUUUGGACAAGAUGUACAGCCUAGUAUUUCAUGUUUACAUUAUGUAAUUUAGCUGGCAAUUAGUUUUCUGCCAAUCUAUUAUUGUAACAUAGUUUUGUUUAUAAACUGCAUCUCUGUAACUUUCCAGUCUAUAUGGACCCGUUUACCUAGUAAGCCAUAAAAUGUAUGUACAACAUGCCAGUCAAAGUGAGGGCUGAAAAUUGCACUUGAGCACACGAGGACAUCAGGCUUUCAGUUGAAUGUCCCUGAGGUGUGUGUGUGUUUUUUUUUUUUUUUAAUGUCAUGUGUAAAAACGAUUUUGCCAAUCAAGAUUUAAGUAGUAUAUAUCUCAUCAAUUUCAAAGUUAAUUCCACCUUGUAGGUAUUGUUUUGUAGUCUCUUUCCUCUUGCGUUUGUACAUUUCAGCUUCAAAUCAGCAAAUUGCAGUUUUUGGUGAAGUCCAUAUGCUGUUAUACAGAUGCAGAGACGUGGACUUUCACACUCCUUUUUCAUGUGUAUGCAGACUCUCUGUUGUUACGCCUGCCUUGUUUUUCUUCAUUUUUCUAUAUGUCAGCCUGUUGGAUUAGAGUGCCUCUUGAAUUGAGCAGAAUGUUUGGGGAAAGCUGUACUAAAAGACACCUAAACUUUGCCUAAUUAUUUGGAGCGAGACAAAUCUCUUACCGUUCUACUGCAGAGCACCUGUAAAUGUUUCUCUUGAUUUCUGUGGAAAGCAUAAAUAAAUUGUUGAUUAUAA